AUGGGCAAAAUGGAAGAGGUAAGUUGUUUUGUUUUUGGAUUGUUCGAAAUUUAGGCUGUUGCACCGGAGUUCCCCGCCCAGUUGAAUGAGAGGCAUGUGGUGGCUGAAGCCUUGUUGGGAGGAACCAGGAUCAGCGAUACUUCGAUCCCAGCGGACGAUUUCAAUGAUGAGAAAAUUGGCAAGUCGAUGGUGCACUGGAAUUGGAAACUGACUCAAAGGUAGGCCUAUUUUAGAAGAUUGUUGUUGAUUUAAAGGUAUGGGAGGCAAUUGGCGUUAUGCUGAGAAUUUUUCUGACAUUUUCGGCGUAGAUUUGAAGAUUUACUGUAGUUGGAACCUAUAGUGCGGGGCAUUUCGUCUUCUAGAAUUCAUUCGAACCUUUUCUUGGAGUAAUUUUGAUUAAUCUUUCUUCUAACAUUGUCCUGAUUAUUAUAACGUCUCAUUUAGAACUCCUACGACGAGAAAUCAUUGUCAGACGCAUACUGAAUUUGAAGGAUCAGUGCUCUCCGCCAGCAAGUAUCCAAUCGAGACUCCGGAUUUGGGGACGAUAAAUCGAUGA